UCGAAAACACCAACCGUUUCAAAUCCUCCUCCUCACCACUCCCAACGUCUACUCUUCCCCCAAAUCCCUCCUCCCCAUCGCGGCGCUGCCGCCGCUCCUCCUCCGGCAGCCAGCCAUGGCCACGGUCACGCCGGGGGUGCUGCUCAAGCUGCUGCAGGCGAUGCACACCGACGACCGCGUCGCCGGCGACCACCGCUCCCCCGUCCUCCAGGUCACGGCCGUAGUCCCCGCCCUCACCGCCUCCACCGCCGACUCCCUCUGGCCCUCCAACGGCUUCCUCCUCCAGCUCUCCGACGGCCUCCACUCCACCUACGUCCAGCCAUCCUCCGCCGACGCCGACGCCCUCGUCUCCGCGCGCCCGCAACUCGUCGGCCACCUCGUCCACCUCGACCGCCUCCGCUUCGCCCGCCCGGUGCCCCGCGCCGUCGGGAUCCGCCCCGUCCCGUCCUCCCGCAGCGUCUCCUUCGUAGGAAACCCGGAGCCGCUCGUCGCCCGCCCCGCCGCGUGCUCCCGCGGCUACGUCAUCCAGCCCGGGUCCCACUCCGACUCCGCGCCGCCGCUCAUGCCAUCCAGUUCCGGCAAUGCGGUGCAGUCCGAUGCAACGGAUGCCGUCAAGAGGAUUGUUCUCGCGCCCAAGAGCGUCUCCGAGGCCGCGCCGCCGCCCGCCGUUUCAGCCGCCAAGAGGCGGUUCUCGUCUCCGGCGCCGUCCAAGCAGCGAGAUCCGUCGCCUUCGGUCAAGGGCGGCGCGUCACGGCCUUCGUCGCCCUCGGUGAAGGGCGCUUCCCGAGCGUCCUCACCUGCGGUCAGGGGCACGCCCAGGGCGACGUCACCAGCGCCUUCCAAAUGCGUGGUGCCCAGCCUUGUUUCGGCCAAGGAGGAGAAUCGCCGCACGGCGAGGGAGCCAGCGAUUAUCGUGCCAUCGAGGUACAGGCAGCCGUCACCGGUAGGAGGGAGGAGAGGGGCGGCGUCGCCCGCACCCGGUGGGAGGCGCGCGUCACUGUCUCCUAGCUCCCGGAGGCUGUCCGGGGAAGGUAGCAGCAAGAAGAAGGUCGGGGUGUUGGUGGCUGGUAUCUCCAAGAUGACGGAUUUGACGAAUGGGUCGGCUGUUAAGCCGGGGAGGAAGAGCUGGGACAAUACCUCAAUCGCAGCAGCGGCUGGCUCUGUGAUGAAAUCGAAGGUCAAGGUGGAUAAGAGUACUAUUCUGAGGACACAGGAAGCAAUGGCAAGACGACUGAGUGAUGUUACAACAGAACUAUCCAGUAACGAUGAUGAUUCAUCUGUAGAUGAGAAGCCAAAGCCACGGAAGAAGAUAGAGUCACCUGCAGUAAAGACGAAAGCAAUGGCUCCAAAAAUUAUGCUUCAUGAUCCUAAAUGGACCGAUGGAAGCAUUCCAUUGGAUGGAGUUUCUGAUGUGCUUUCAAAGAUGGGAAAGGAAGCCACUGAACGAAGAGACGCAGCAGCAAUUGCUGCAGCUGAUGCUCUCCAGGAGGCAUUAAUCACUGAAUCCGUAAUCAGGAACCUAAGUAAAUUUUCUGAACUUACUUCAGCAUCGAAGACCUCCAAUCCCCUUCCAACAGUUGAUAUCUUCCUUGCUGUCUAUGAGGAUACUCUCAAAUGGAAGAAAAUUGCUGAGUCUAUAUCCACCAAUAGAACUGAAACUGCAUCAUGGGAGAAUUCAGCUACUCAUUGGGUUGAAGCAGCAUUGGCAACUGAUCUUGAAGUCCUAAAGUUGAUGAAUAAGGCACCUGAAUCGCUCUCUCGGAAAAGGGGUGCUGAUAAGCCAAAGGCUCCCUCGGUGGUAGAAGCUCCAAGAACAACCAUAUCCAAGAGGCAAUCACAUGGGACUUCUGCAAAGGUCCAGUCAAAGGUCUUACCGACCUCUACAGCGAGCUGCGCAUGGAACAAAACUCAGGGCGUGAAUGAGACGGCUGAGCUUGCCACGACCUUGUGCCGUGAGAUGCAUACGUGGUUCCUGAAAUUUGUGGACGAGGCAAUGGAUUUGGGUUUCCACCUUUUUGAAGAUCAGAAUGUUGCAAGUAGGGGAAAGCAGAGCAGCCACAUAACAAUGGUACUGUCCCAGUUCAAGAAGAUCAGUGACUGGUUGGAUGGAGUAGGCAAGAUUGCAGAAGAGGCUACAACUAAGGAUAAGGUUGAGCAGUUGAAGUGCAAGAUUUACGGGUUCGUCAUCAAUCACAUGGGAUCUGCAUUUGAUAGCUCGGUCUCGAUUUCAUCAAGGAAUUGAGGAAUGCUUAAAGUAAGCCUUUAAGUUUCUUCUCUUUUAUUUUUGUUCAUUGGGGAUGGGAUCAAAGCUACAUAAUUCUAUGACGAGAGGUCUGCUACAGUUUGUAGAAGCUACUCCUUCAGUUAUUACCUUUGGUUUUGCCUUGUGAAUAAGUUGUUUGUGAAAUGGUUCUUGUUUUAUCGGUUACAAUUAUGUACACUUGAUAGUUUAGCUUGCUGUAGUCUGAGUGAAUGACUGACUUGUUAGAGCUACAAGAUUUCAUUCUUACAUCCUUGCAAAUAUUGUGCUAGGAUUUAUGGUAUGUUAAUUUGAUU